CAUCUUUUAUUUUUUGUUGUUGAGUUACAUUGCUUUUCGUUCUUUCUUUUAUAAUUUUAACCAAUUUUAGAUUUUCUGUUAGUUUUGUGAAAAAUUGUGUGAAUAACAAUAAAAAAAUAAGCAAGAUUCGAUUUGGUGUAUUGGCAUUUUAAUGCUAUAAAACAAAAUGUCGAAAAGUAAAACGAAUUCGAUGGCGACCGGAGAAACAAAUCUAAUUGAAGUGAAAUCAAAGUUUGAUGCAGAAUUUCGUCGCUGGAGUUUUAAACGUCAUGGCGAUAUACAAAAUUUCGAGGAUUUCUCUGCCCUCAUUGAAAAACUGCAUAGACUGCACACCCUACAAUUUAUUAUUUUAUACAUUGAUCCACGUGACAACGACCUGUUGCCAAUUAAUAAUGAUGAUAACUUUGGUAGAGCGUUAAAAAUUGCACGGCCAUUGCUGCGCAUAAUCGUGCAACGUAAAGAUGAUUUGGAGGAGUUUCCGGGUUUUGGCACAAUGAAGCCACGCAACAAUCUAAUCAGCAGCAUACUAGGUCAGACGCCAGUUAAGGCAAAGGCACCAACUAUUUCAAUACCACAUGAUUUCCGUCAAGUAUCGGCUAUUAUUGAUGUCGAUAUUGUUCCUGAAACGCAUCGUCGUGUACGAUUGUUAAAGCAUGGUAGCGAUAAACCGCUGGGUUUCUAUAUAAGAGAUGGAACGUCGGUACGCGUAACCGCAAACGGACUAGAAAAACAACCUGGUAUUUUCAUAUCGCGGCUUGUGCCUGGUGGCCUUGCUGAAAGUACUGGGCUUUUAGCAGUCAAUGAUGAGGUUAUAGAAGUAAAUGGUAUUGAAGUGGCUGGUAAAACGCUGGAUCAGGUCACCGAUAUGAUGGUGGCAAAUAGCUCCAAUUUAAUAAUUACCGUAAAGCCGGCAAACCAACGUACGCUUACCUCGCCACGGCGCGGCUCAUUCUCGCGCACAAGUCAACUAUCGAGUGGUUCACAUCAUACUAAUCAGACUAAUACAUCUGAUGAGAAUGAACAAGACGAGCAAGAUGAAAUUGUUGAUCUGACCGGUGUAACACUCGAUGAUCACAACAAUGUUACUUCACAGCAACAUCAGCAACAGUCAACGGUGCCCUCACCGGCAUUGAUUAUCACGUCACAACAUCACCAGACGUCAUCAACAGCUUCUACAGUUGUAGGUGGUGGCGAGUCCAAAGAUGGCAUACUACAUCUUUGAAUGGAAUAAGAGAAGCGGCAAAUCAAUAUUGAGAAUGGAAUGAAAAGAUCGACAUAUUUAGGCGAGGGCAAAUGUAACUUUCGAAAAUCGAACAAAGUAGAAGUGCGAAGUAUAUAUAUAUAUACAAUUUGAAAAAGUUUUCAAGUCUACAAAAAUCUAAGCAAUCUUAGGCAUAAAAGAGAAAAGACAUAUACACACAAAUUUUCAUGUUUCAUGUUUUAUUUUUUAUUUCUACAUUCCAAACUAGUACUAUUUAAUUAUAAAUGAAUGUGUAAAGUGAAAAGUUAUUUAUGCGAUUGAACAGAUUGUUACGAGUUAAUGUUCAAAAACUAUGCCCGUUGUCGCGAUUUAACUACACAAACUGUAUUAUUAGGCACAUAUACACAUAGUUACAUACAUACAUAUCUGCAUAGAUGCCAGAAAAACGUGUGUUGUUAAUAUUUUUAAUCAUGUUUUAUUGUAGUUGUCUUCUUACUUAUUAUACACAUACAUUUAAAUUUAGUGUUAAAUUGUCAGUUUGUUUUCAUUGUGCUAUUUCAUACAAUUCUUUGAAUUAAAAUAUACAUACAUAUGUAUUAUUUGACAGUGUACGUUAUGAAGCUCCUUAAAACUUCACAUUCCGAAAAGAAAUUUGUGAUUUUAUGUAAUUCGUGUCAAAAUUUUCCUUGUAUUGUAUUAUGAUGCCUUUUUGGAACGCAAAAUGUUUGCUGUACAAUGUAUUUCAUGAAAUUCUUGAGCAUACAUAAUUAUUUUUUAGUAAACAAAGCUAAGUAAAAAUCUUAUAUAUAUGAUUUUCAGCAAGUUUUAGUAAAUAUACCGAAAUUAUCAAGGCAAACAAGAUCCAAUUUAAUUUACUGUCAGCGUCAAUUAUACUUAUUGACUUGAUAUUUGAUUUGAGUGUUAGAUUUAUUAAAAUUGUUUACACAUACACUAUUCAUACCACGAUGUUCUUAUGAAAAAAUUUCGUGAAAUUGAGAUUUCUUAUAUUAUUUGAAAUUAGUUCUCUUGGAGCGUAUUAACCAAAUUUUUACACAUAAAUUUAUCACUAGAAAAAUAUUUCAUCAGUGCACAGUAUAUGAACGUCUGAUAAUAAAAAAAGGAAAUAUAAGCAAUUAUUCCGUAAUAAUUAAUUGUACAACUCCGUAAAAAAUUUGCUCAAGCUAAAGUUUUUUAUUUAUUUUACACGAAUUUAGAGAUAUCAUUUUAAAUUCACCAAAGAGUUGGUAAUUUCAAAAAAUUCUUCGCUCACUUAAAAAUCAAAUGGCCUUUAAAAAAUAACUAAAUUAUAUUAAUAGCAAUUAGAAAGUCAAGCAAAGCAAAAACAGUAAAGUAAAACAUCAACUUGCAUGUGUCUUAUAGCCUUUUAGUGAACUAAAGUACUUAUACAAUACUAUACGUCCUAUAUACACACAUACCAGUAAAUAACAAUUAAGACAGUUCGAUCCUAUUUUACGCUCGUCCAUUAGUGGUUAGAUACAUAAAAUUACAACUUUCUACUUUUCUGUACUAUUGAACUGAAAAAAUUGUAAAAUAACUUAGAGCAAAUAAAAUAGAAACCACUCGAAAGACUUA